CCAAAUCAAUCAUUAUGCUCAAAUCAAUCCUAUAAGUAUCCAAUAUAAACACGAUAGUACCUUAAUUUUGCUAAUGAAGAAUUAUAACACCAAAAUUUCUUGUUAAAAACGAUAGUCCAAUAAUAAUUUGUAAUUGUUUAUGGAAGUUGGUUUCAUUUACUUUUUAGAGUACACCAGUAAAACCCUAAACGACAACAACCAGUGCCAGUGUUCAUUCACUUUUCUGAGAAAUACGUCACUUACCCAGAGACCAUUAAUCUCCUACCUCUUCCCAUUUCCCAUCCUCUUGGUCUUCGUCAAUGAGAAUUUCCUAUCCUCUUUGUAAUCAGGAGGGAAAGACUGCAUUUAGUCUCAUCUCUAAUCCCUUACCUGGGCAGACAAGAAUUUUCAAUUUGUCCUUUCUCCUUCUCGAUCUUAUGUUCCCGUAACUGGCAUCAAAGUUGAGCCGCCAUGGUCGUGAGAUAUGACCAGCCUCCGACGGUAUGCAGCCUUGGACCUAGAGCGAGCCGGGUUAGAGAUGGAGGAAGGGAUCUGGCCGGAGAAGCGGGAGCGAGAGAGGAUGGGGUGCGGAGGGCGGUUAGGCCAGCGAUUGAGUCCGGCAGAACUCCGACGAGUGGGGAAUAGGAAUAGGGAGGGGUGAAUGGAAUCGGAGACAGUCGGGAUUGACGAAAUCCCUCCUCGUCCCGGCGGUAUCAUGAAUGGAAUCUGCAAUCUAGAUCUCCCUAGACGACUGAGAAUUCAAGAUGAGGGCCAAACUGUACAACUCAUGUCUAAGACCUAAAGCGACGGCCGGAUUGGGGAUUCCCUUCACUAUUUGAACGAAAUCGAUGGCUGAAGGCGGAGAUUCCAGUUCUCGAUUUACAACCAAAUUGAUGGGUUUUCUCCCGUCGUAAUUUGUAGAAAGCAGGCGCGGAUCUCACCUGAAAGCAAAGCCCAUCAACGUGGAGCUGCAACACGCCGGCGUCAGCGCCUCAUCGGGUAACAGCCAAAUCAAAACAUAAAACAACACUAAUAGCUACGUGAAUUGAAUGGAAGACUUUUGAUUCUCCAUAUAAAGUUUGGGUGUGUUGAACUUUACUAUGAAUAAAGAAGGCACUAUAAUUUAUAAAAGGAAUAUUUAGAUGAUGAUUUACAGAUAAUGAAUGCUAAAAAUGUUCCGGGUGUAUAGGGUAUAGAAAAAUAUAUUAACGGAUGUUUUUGUAAAUAUAAUUAUCAUUAAUAAUUAAUAUAAUUAUAAUUAAAUUAUAAAUAAUAAAAAUUAAUUUAUAAGUGUGAACACAGGCGUACAGCGUACGUCAUGCGUACGCUAGCCUUUACCAUAUAUAUAUAUAUAUAUAUAUUGUCAAGGUUAGCUAGAAUAUGGCCAAAUUGGAUGGGGAGUAAGAGAAGAACGAAACUAUCCAAGUAACCCGAGGAAUCCUCAGAGGCAUCCACUUGUCCAAACUACUACACACCUCUCCGCCACCUCACUCUCCAAUGCAUGCCGACGUGCCAUUCCUUCCACCCUUCCACGUCAUCUUAACCCACCAUUUCUUUCUCCUCCUCCCUGUUUAUAAAAUCCUCCACAGAACAAAUGGUCGCCACUUGCCAGUGCCACUGCCAGUUUCCCCCCUUCCCACAACCAACCGCACCCUCUCUAUCAAAUUGUCUUUCUGUUUCAGGCGAUGUCGACUUCCAGCGACGAACCGGCGAUGGGAGCCAAGAAGGUGGAGGGAGCAGGUGAGCCGAUACCGCCAGGGAAACCGAUGACGAUGGAGCAGCACAUUGUGGACAAAGGGGCCAUGAUGCUUCAGAGGCUGAAGCCGAUGAAGCAGAUCAGCCAGCAUGGUUGCAGCUUCGCUAUCUAUAGCCACGACAUGACCCGCCAGAUCGAGACUCACCACUACUGCACCCGUAUCAACCAGGAUUUCCUCCAGUGUGCUGUCUACGACUCCGAUGGCUCCCAUGGCCGCCUCAUAGGAGUGGAGUACAUAGUAUCUGACAAGACAUUCGAAGCCCUGCCUCCAGACGAACAGAAGCUCUGGCAUUCCCACGCUUACGAGAUAAAAUCAGGGCUGUGGGUGAACCCCAGGGUUCCAGAGGUCGUAGUGAAGCCAGAGCUGGAGAAUUUGGCCAAAAGCUACGGCAAGUUUUGGUGCACUUGGCAGCUAGACCGAGGGGACAGGCUGCCGAUAGGAACACCAGCACUAAUGGUGUCGCCACAAGGCGUGAACAUGGGGGUGCCAUCACCCGAACUGGUGCGCACAAGGGAUCUCAAGUACAACAUACUCACAGAGGCGAUUCGAGAUUCGAGGGUGGAGAUCGCGGAGCCGGAGUGGCUGAACCCGAUGGCGGACUACUGGAAGCAGCACGGCAAGGGGUUCAAGAUCGACGUGGAGCCGGUUGACAUGAAACUCAGAGCUCCUUUCCCAUGAAAAGAAGCCAACAAAUACAUGUUGGAGCUUGUUUAUCCUUCCUCUGGGUUGAGAAAUAAUGCAUGAAAUGUUGGUGUGCGAAGUGUCUUUGUUCGUGGUGCCGUGACUUAUGUAUCUGUACAGUGGAGACUAAACGGUAGUGUUUGGUAUUAUAAUCUCUUUUGAGAUCUUUUUUUUUUUUUAAUCUAUGCAUACUUGCAUCAAGCCUGAAUAUUUUCUCUAAUGAGAUUGCAACGUGUCUUUGCCUGAGAUAUUGCUCCGUUAAACGUGAACGGGUCCAUAUUUGGUUAUUUACAUGAGCCUUACGGUGAGUUUGUUCUCUCGUAACAAUGUACAAGAGUGCAAGCCUGUCCCUGAACUCUGAAGGAUGUUCUUAAUCGUUCUAGUUACUGGCUUACUGCCACUUGGAAUAAACUGAAACCUGUUCA